GCUGCACGCAUUUUUUCUAUACUGUCCUCGAGCUUGUAAUUCCAAUGCACCAUGUAAUUCCGUGUCUGGCUCUCACCACCGAAGUGAGCCGGGGGUGCCAUGGGGCAGUUGCCAGUCAUUCUCUUGCUUGUAGCACCACUCUUCCCGUGCGCCUUCAUCCCCGUUGCCAAUGUAUCCCCCAUUGCUCUGUUGUCCACGAAGUACUCGUCACAGUCUAGACGGCGAGGGGUCCCUAGAGCCAUUCAGACAUGGCACUGCCCAUCCCACGAGCAGCGAGACGUAGGUAUGGAGUACAUACCUAUCCGUACACUAUCCGAACACUGCUGCUCACAAGCGGUCAUUCCUGUGUUGAGGUGCCCGUAUCAGAGUACCUAAAGAUGCCCCGUUCUACUCCAUACUCUUGCCUCAAGUACUCUGUGCUGCCAGCUGAACACUUUUAAUCCCCUCCCCGUCUCGUCUCGUCUUGUAUCUCUGAGGUGUACAUCCAAACUGGACAAGCUGCGCUUGGGACCUCUGGUGUGGACAGAAUACAUGAUACCUACUGCGUAAUGUCAGCAAACGAUACCUGCGAAAUAUUACUGAACCGUCAACCGACACGAUGUUCUAUUCCUCAAUUCACCUAGUGUCCAGAAAAGGUGGGUGGUGCU